CGCUGCUACAGCUGGCAGCAGCGGUGCCUGCCGUGCCUCGGGGUCGGCAGCGCGGCUCGCCCCCUCCCCUGCCUUUCCCCCCGCCAGCUGCCCCCAGGGAUUGCGCGCGGGCAUCGGGGCCGCCUCCCCGCCCGGCUCCCCCAAGAUGCUGUUUUGGCACACGCAGCCGGAGCACUACAACCAGCACUCAACCGGCAGCUACCUGCGUGAUGUCCUUGCACUGCCGAUCUUCAAGCAGGAAGAACCACAGUUGUCUCCGGAGAAUGAAGCCAAACUGCCUCCAUUUCAGUAUGUUCUCUGCACAGCUACAUCACCUGCUGUGAAACUGCAUGAAGAAACCCUGACCUACCUCAACCAAGGUCAGUCUUAUGAAAUCCGUCUACUUGAGAAUAGGAAAUUGGGAGAGUUUCAAGAUUUAAACACAAAAUAUGUAAAGAGCAUAAUUCGUGUAGUUUUCCACGAUCGACGCCUGCAGUACACAGAACAUCAGCAACUAGAGGGCUGGAGGUGGAGUCGGCCUGGGGACCGCAUCCUUGAUAUAGAUAUUCCACUGUCAGUUGGUAUCUUGGAUCCCAGGGCCAGCCCAACCCAGUUGAACACUGUUGAAUUUCUGUGGGAUCCAUCAAAGAGAGCUUCAGCAUUCAUUCAGGUACAUUGUAUCAGCACAGAAUUUACUCCACGGAAACAUGGAGGAGAGAAAGGGGUGCCCUUCCGGGUGCAAAUCGACACCUUUAAACAGAAUGAAAAUGGUGAAUACACAGAACACUUGCAUUCUGCAAGCUGCCAGAUCAAAGUGUUCAAGCCUAAAGGAGCAGACAGAAAACAGAAGACUGACAGGGAAAAAAUGGAGAAGAAGACCACCCAAGAGAAGGAGAAGUAUCAGCCUUCCUAUGAGACAACCAUUCUCACAGAGUGCUCUCCCUGGCCAGAUGUGCCUUAUCAAAUGAACAAUGCUCCAUCUCCAAGCUACAACAGUUCUCCAAACAGCUUCAACCUUGGAGAUGGCAACAGUUCUCCAACCCACCAGGUGGAGCUCCUGCCUCCCAGCAAUGAUCAUCUCCUUCCUUCUGCUUCUAUUCAAGAUGCCCAGCAGUGGCUGCAUCGUAAUAGGUUUUCUCCAUUCUGUAGACUCUUCUCAAGUUUUUCGGGUGCUGACUUACUGAAGAUGUCCAAAGAAGAUUUCGUUCAAAUCUGUGGGCCUGCUGAUGGAAUUCGGCUCUUUAAUGCAAUCAAAGGAAGAAAUGUAAGGCCCAAGAUGACAAUUUAUGUCUGCCAAGAACCAGAGCAAAACAGGUCCCAUCUUCACCAAAAACGAGAGAAUGGAGACGGCAGUCUGUGUGUGUAUCAUGCAAUCUUCUUGGAAGAGCUGACCACCCUGGAAUUAAUUGAGAAGAUUGCAAACUUGUACAGCAUUUCUCCACAGCAGAUAAAUAGAAUCUAUCGGCAGGGACCCACAGGGAUCCAUGUAUUAGUGAGCAAUGAGAUGGUGCAAAACUUCCAAGAUGAAUCUUGUUUUGUCAUCAGCACAUUAAAAGCUGAAAGCAAUGAUGGCUACCACAUCGUUUUAAAAUGACCGUGCUGCCUAGAAAGACUUUAACAGCCUAAAAUUUAGUGCCUCACUGAGGUAGUGACAACCCAGACUGGAAACAUGAAGAACCUGCUGGAUAAAAUGCCUCUGUGACCUAAGAAUUACCAAACAGCUUAAGGAAAAAAAUUGCUUUUUACAGAUACACAUUUUUGUUUUUGUUUUUUUCGAAGCUGGAACUGAGAACAUCCUCAAAGCUUGUACAUGUUUCUUCCUCCCUCCCUUUCUCUACAGACUUAAAAAUUGUUGAGGUUUCUGCUUAUUGCUUUGAAACAUCUGAUAACGAAAGAUAAACAAAAACCAAUUCUUUAGACCCCUCAUGGUUGGGUGAAUUGAUUUAUUUACAGUUGUGAGUGCUCUCUUGCUUUCAACAUACACCCCAUUGCUGAUGAACACAGGCUCCCUGGGGCUCCUCUUUUACUGUCUUUGAGAUGGAGGACUUGGGGCUAAAUCCAAGAGCAGCAGAUUAGGCAAUGUGGAAGUUGGAUUUGGUGCCCAGUCCCCAUCCAAAGUGUCGACCCUGGAAGCCCACACGUAGGUGCUGCCUACCUGUAGAUGUGCUCAAACUUGAUUAAGUAAGGAGAGAAUGUAUGCCUGUACAACAGAAUAAUUUUGCAGGGUUUGGGAGAGGAUGGACAACCUGAAGCAAGCAGUUCAGUACUCUACUCUAGCUUUAGAGUAGCCUCCUUGAAUAGCGUAUAUGAGGGUUUUCUGAGGAAAUGUUUUGAACACUGAAAGCUAUAGAGCUCAUGACAAAUUCAUGCUAUGGAUUUGUUUUACUCUACAAAGCAUUAAUUAAUUGCUAUUUUUGCUGUAACUGCCAAUUAGGUUUUAUGAUCUUAAUGAUUUUCUCCUGUUACUCACUAAAGUAAGUAGAAAUCAGUUCUGAUUGUGUUCAGGUAAUGGAUAAUCUUAGUUGCUGCUUCUUACAUUGUUGCUCUUUCACUCUUGACUCCUGUUUCAAAUAUCUACAACUACAGUCAACUCGACCCUCCCUUGGUCUUUUGGGAUGCCAUCCAGCCUUCACUAAGCUGAAAAAGUGGCUUAUACUGAUGUCAAAGAUGAACUACAUCAUACCCUUCUUGCACGGAUGGAGUCAUUUCAAUUUUGGCAGCUAAUUAAUAAGACUGUCUCCCAAAGUGAAUGUCCAUCUAGCAUGAAAUUCUGCUACUUGAACAUUUCAUUUUGCCCUGAAUUGAGAUGGAAAGCUGAAGUAUCAAAAAUUUUCUUGGAAAGGAAAUUUUUCAGAAAAAAAGUCAUUGGAAAAUGCUGAACAAAAUGUUCUAGCAUUUCAGAAUGGAAACAUUUAAUUAAAUCCAUUUGACCCUUAAAACAGCAUCAGUUUGAGUUACUGUUGCAGACCUCAGAAAUUACCAUGCAAGUGCUUCAUGCUCCAUGUCUCCCCUGGGGCUGAGCUCUCUGGCUGGACUACAGAUCCCAUGAUGCACUACCAUGGAUUAGUCAAAGAGGGAAUGCGUCAGGAAAGCUGGAGGGGUGCCCGGGAGUCCAGCUUUCUGGGAAAGAUGGGGAUGUGCAGCCGUUGAAUUACAGCUCCCAACUGACUGGAGGAAUCAGACAGGCACGGAUUAAUACUUGUCUGACAGAAAUGAAAUGUUUCAAGUUUUCCCCACAGAAAUAAACAGGAAAAUACUGAGGAAAAUCAACCUUUUUUUCAUUAAAAGCAUCAAGUUUUGCGCAAAAACCCACCCACUCACCAAUUUUUUUUACACCAAAAAUAAUACUAGAGUAGAAAAAUUGUGUUACAGUGCGGAAACCUCCAGCCAGCUUGGCUAAUUGAGUAACAUUGCAUACUUGGGCGUCUUGCUCAACUGGCUGUCCUGGAUGCUCCAUGAAUUGUAGCAUUUAUCCAGAAAGGACGCCCAGGCCCAGGGAGAUGGUGAUUCCUGAAGCAAAGGAGUCUGAGGCUGCAGCAGGCUUUAUGUGACAAGAGCCAGUCUGUGUAGGUGAGAAAGUUGUAAAUGGUCUCCUUCUGAGAGGAAGGUGAGACCAUGUCCACCUUGACCCAUGUGAGGGCUCUGUGUCCAGGCCUCCUGCCUCCAUGCGAAAUGACAGCGAAAGAGGAGCCAAGCUUUUGUGUAGCCAGAACGUGUAUUUGCAAGCUCAUAGGGUUGCACAGACAUUGCCAUUCUCGACUGGCCUUUAUGGCACUUGCUUAGGAAGCUUAGGAGCUUUUUAAAUUUCAAGGCAAAAUCAUGGUGAAAGGUGGAGGUUCCCCUCUUUUGUGUCACUGCACUCCAAGGAAAAUUAAGUACAUAAAUGACAAAAGUUACUGUUGCUGACUUAGACCAAAUAACGUUGUAGAGAUUCCUUGUUCUGUCUUAGAGAUUUCUGUCACUACUCCAGCUCUGAUGCUUGCUCUGCAGUGCCAUAUACCCUGCUGGGGAGCACGCCUGUCCCCUGGGCAUGGAGGCAUCUGCUGCUUAGUGACUCUGCUGUUAAAGUUGCCUUCCAAAAUGGGGAAUAAAUUCCAGCUUUACUUCAAGUAGGUGGCUACCUACAUGCUGUUGUGUACAAGGUUAGUUUUGAAAGCCCACCUUUGAAUUUUCUAUGUAGCUGUUGUUUGGUUUCUUUUGUGUAUUCUUUUAAUGGAAAAUGUUUUGGAAUUUCUAUGUUGGCUGCACUUUUUCACGCUACUUUGUAAUACUGGCCAAUAUCUGGCACGGGUACUGUUUGCAUACAACUCAGAUAAGCAAAUCAGACCUAAUGAGAAGGAUUUAAAAAGAAGCAUUGGAGUUGCCACAUGGAGUAUAGUCUAUACUUUGUCCAUUUACGUGUGAUAGCACUGUAGUUCAGGGGACAUAGCAACACUGUAAUAUAGUAGUGUGAAGAAAGGAUGGAGGCACCUUUUGCUCUCAAUGUUAGAGACUAAGAACUGUGCUUAUUUUUUUAAAAAAUGUAACUUGUUCUUGGUUAUUUCAAAAACAAAUCUUGUCUGUAAGGAAGUAGAUCCAAAAGUCCUAAUGCUAUUUCAGUAGCACUUGAUUGAUUUUGAACAAAAAUAACUCUGUUAGGGCUUUGUUAUAUUUAGAUUUUUUCAAAUCAAAUUAUUUUAUACUGAUAUGAGGGUGAAUUUGACAAUCUAUCUUAUUGCCCUUUCCGUGCUGUAACAAGGUAUAGCAGAGUAAACAAUCAUAUAGAUUAUAAAUGUUGUCCUACUAGGUGGGCUCUACUGUUUUAUCUGUGUUAGCCUGUUUGUAAAGUUGUAUAACUUUAAUAUGUAUGUAAGGCCUACCCUUGACUGACAGAGUACUCCUAGUCCUUUCUGAACCUCUGUGGUCCCAGCAGAAAUUUGGAAGAUUGUGCUCAAGUAGCAUAUACAUGCAUGAAAAUGUAACACAGCUAGUUUAGUGGUUAUAAGAAUGUCAAAGCAAUGUUAGUGUGAGAUUCCUUUUUUUGCAGACAAUUCCUAGAUUUGCGGACAAAUCUUGCCCUCUGCUUCCCAAAAACACAAAAGCAAACCCUUGGCCCAUUGAAGUUGGUGAGUUUUUCCAUGCAGAAACAAAGCAAAGUCUUCGGGAUUUAUUUUAGUGGCUUGCGUGAAGAACGAGAGUGAGACUGUCAUUUAACUUGACCUGUAUAAGUGGCAGGUAGUUUAGCUAAUCGCUUAAACUCUCUCUGUGGUUACACAGGGACUGGCAUCUCCGGAGAGGGAUUCAUUUGCCCUAUCCGAGGAGGUGACGGCCUCUAAAAGAGAGUUUUUGUGUCCAGGAGGAAGUGUAAAUGUAUUUGCCCUAAUUUGGGCUAGAGGUCUAAAUUCCAGAUACCUAAAUACAAGGGAGAUGAAUAUCUUCCCCUCCAUGCCCCCAUCUAAACAUCCAAAUGGGGCCUUGUAUUUACAUUGCUCUUAAGUGCCUAGAAGGUACUGUUACAGUUAAUCUUGCUUUCCCCCCCCCCUUAUUUCUUUAAAAAAAGUAACAUGAAAUCUCCUCCUCAAAGUAAUAUAAAUGAGACUUUUUUUUUCUACUCUGCAUGUGGAAUUUGUACAAGCCUUUAUAAUCUCUGGGUUUGAGGAGUCUUAAUAGAUCAGUUUGACCUCCCAAACUGUCCACCUGUUAGUGACUCUCAUAAUACAGCCUGUGAGUAGAUGUGGGCUUGCUAGGGAUGAGAUGGCAGGGGAAUCAUACCAUCAAUAAAAACACAGUGACUCCAGCCAGUGCUGGAGCCUGGGUUCUAGACUGAUCCACACUGGCUGAUCUGGAAUUAUUUCAUGAAUUGAUGCCUUUUCUCUGGCAGUUGAGUAAACUGAUGCAAAUCUGUUAGUACCUGACUGGUGGUGAUGGUCUGAGAACUCUUAGAAAUGCCAGUUAAAUGACACUUCAGGGUACGAGGUGGAAGGCACAAAUAAUCUGGUGAUAGAAAUUUGUGCCAGCUUCCUGAGGUGGCAGGAUUAGCUUUAGUAAAAUUAAAGGUCCUAUUCUCUCAGCUGGUCCUGCUUGGUUAAUUGGCUAAAAUCUAAAUAAUAAUUCAGUCUGGAAUAUACUGGAGCUCUCAUUAUGUUGGAGUGAAAUAUAGUGGGCUGAAGUUCAAAGAUUUCUAGGUGGUGAAAGGAGUCUUGCAAUUGAAAAGUCCUGAAUGGCACUCUCCUUGUAAUGUAACAUAUACAUAUUUAUGCAUAUAUAUAUAUACAUACAUACUGUACUGUAUCAACACAUCUAUGUGCUGAGUACUUGUGUCUUUUGGCUUUAACUGGUACUCUGCUUUGUUUAAUUGCAGUUCAAUGUAAAAGGUUGAUCAAGUUUAGAAACCCAGCCCUUCCUUGGGUAGAAGUGUAAAAGUUCAUAAUCGCGGCUUUAGGUGAUUCGAAUAUGGUACACUUGGAGUGGUGUAAAUUUGGUGCAUUUCUGCAAUAUAAAUCGCAGGCCUUGGUGAAGACAAGCUUAUUCUUACACUAACACUGCAGUUCUAUAUUGCAGCUUCUGAAAAUUAGCUAGAGUAAAAGAAAAAAAGAUUGCCCGAUGCUUUGUAAACUAGUAAGAGCUAUUCCCUAAAAGGAACAACCGUAUGAUGACUUUCCUAGCUUGAUGUUGUAUUGCUUAAGCAUUGGCUACAAUUCUAACAAUCAUCUGGUGGAUGACUGGGACAGGUUUUUUGUUUGUUUCUGGUUUUGGUUUUAACUGUUCUCAAAAAAAAAAUGCGUAUUCAGACUGUAGCUUUGUUUUCUGCAAUUAUGAAAUGGGUUUAACUUUAUGCUUUAUGCUAUUAAUACAAUAUUUUCUUAAGAUGAUAAUGUUUGACAGCACAGGGUACUCAAAGUGGGGAGUGUCUGUUUGGCCUUGAUCAUUGUUACUCUGGGUGAAUAUGAGAAGGCAGACAGGGGGUAUAUUUUAACAUCCUUGCCUCUGUCUAAAAAUGAGUUAAGCUGGUGCCUAAUUUUUUGUGCAUUUCCGAUUUGUGCUUUUUUUGUUUUUGCAAUUCCCUCAAAAUUAUUCUGCUCCCUGGGGGGACUUACUGGUAAGCAGCUGGUGUGUCUAACGUUUUAAAGUAGCCUGCUGUUUUCCCAGUUUGCUUGGGGUGAGUGUUUAUCUUUCAAAGGGCUAUGGGAGUUAGCUCUCUUCACUGACAAUGCAGCCACUCGAGAUAGGUGACGCUGACCAAGAAGUCAGCGUUGGUGGGUGAGGGCAAGUGGAGGUGGGUUGAUUGGAGGCUGAGGCGUACCAGUUGUGAGUAAAUACUGCCACACUUUUUGUCUUUUUGUUUGUUUCUUUUUGUACAUGAAUAAAAAAAGCAUAUUUUGCACUGGCUAUUGUACUGUUGUGCAGAAGAAAUCUGUAUCUGGAAUCUGUGCUCCAGUCAAAAUGCAAAUAAACCUGUUUGUAAGAA